AUGCAACUUGAACCACCAUUCAACAUGCUCAUAGUAGGAAUGACAGGAAGUGGUAAAACUCAGUUCUUACUAAAUAUGUUAGAAACGGAAUACAAUAAAGUUUUUGAUUACAUUGUUAUUAUAUGUCCAACAAUAGAAUGGAAUACGACUUACAUUAAUUGGACUCAUAUUAGUGAUCACGGAGUCAUACAAAUUCCAUGUUCACAAGAAAUGAUCAAUCUAGUUCUGAAGGCAGUGUCCACCAUAUUUCGUGGAACUCAAACUCUCAUCAUUGUGGAUGAUUGUGCAGCAAGUCAAGAUGUAAAGAAAAGAGUCUCAGAACUGGUGCGACUAGCUUUCUCUGCAAGACAUUACAACUUAUCUGUUAUUGUGAUUACCCAACAACUGUCCUCAGUAGCAAAACCAUUCGGUGCAAUUGAUAAGACCGCAAGUUUUAUAAGAAAGUCCAACAAGGAUGUUGUGGACAAACUUUCCAAUGAGUAUGAAAGUCAGAGGAUGUCAUUCGCAAGUGACUUCUUAUCAACACUUAUAAUUUCAAAGUUUGCUUCUGUAUUAGGGAGUUUCGGUGCAGUGGAAUCUUCAGAGAAACUGUCAGAUGAACUACUUAGUGAUAAACUUUUAAAGGAUGACGUAUCAUAUCUAACUAGAAUGAUAUCCCCCAACAUUCCAUUCAUAGGUUUAAUAUCAGGUGGUUGUACCACAGCAAAGCACGUUGUUGCUCACAAGUGGAAAAAGAAGGAGAAGCCUGAGGAGAUAUCGGAGGAAGCAAAACAUAUCCUAUUACAUAGUGAAGAAGAAUGUCGCAGUACGACUGGGGAAACGCCUGGGAUGGAACAGAAUUCGAAUCAAUAA